UGCUCCCCGGCCCCGCCGCUGCCGAGUUACCGCCGGGGCAGCUGCCCGCUGCCUUCCGCAGCCCCGGGCAUCCUGCGGGACCAACGGUAUUCACGCUUCCCGAGCUGCCCCCGGCUGCCGUGGGCAAGGAAGGCGGUGGUGGCGGCCCCGGGAGGGCAGCCCGGCUGCCGCUGGCCCGGGCUCCUCUCCCUGUUGGGCUCUGGGCAGCGCCGUCUUUGAUUCUUCAGCAGGCUCAUCUCAAAGUAUAGCUUAAAAAAGCUUUGCAAAUAGUGGGAGAAAAUGUCACAUAAAAACUCUAAAGUAACCAAGAAAGUAAACAUUUCCAGCUCCUUGGAAUCUGAGGAUAUCAGCUUGGAAACCACAGUACCAACCGAUGAUGUGUCUUCCUCUGAAGAGAGAGAAGGUGCUGUAAAAAUCACUAAGCAGCUGAUUGAACGGAAGGAGCUGCUCCAUAAUCUUCAGCUGCUUAAAAUAGAAUUAUCGCAGAAAAACUUGAUGAUUGACAACUUGAAAGUUGAAUAUCUGACCAAGAUUGAGGAGCUAGAAGAGAAGCUUAAUGAUGCAAUCCAUCAAAAGCAGCUGUUGUCUUUACGACUGGAUAGUCAGGUGGCAUUACAGCAAGAAGAUGCCAGGAAACAUCAGGCUCUAAUGAAGCAAGAAAUGGAAACUAUUUUAUUGAGACAGAAGCAACUGGAGGAAACAAAUUAUCAGUUGAGAGAGAGGGCAGGAGACAUCCGUCGUAGUUUGCGAGACUUGGAAUUAACAGAUGAAUGCUAUGAGAAGCUAAAGUCUCUUCCUGAAGAUCAGCUUUCUAUCCCUGAAUAUGUUUCAGUCCGGUUCUAUGAAGCAGUCCAUUCCUUAAGAAGAGAGCUAAGUGAUCUACAGAUGAAAAAGGAGAGUCUGACAGAAGAACUAACUGGGUACAGAUCCCAGCUGAAGUGUCUGACAGAGAGCUAUGAAGAAGAGAGGAGGAGUCGCUCAGAGCUUGAGGUCAGAUGCCAGCGUUUAACACUGGAACUGGCUGAUACCAAGCAGUUGAUUCAGCAAGGUGAUUACAGACAACAGAACUAUGAUAAAGUAAAAUGUGAACGUGAUGCAUUUGAGCAUGAACUGUCAGAACUCAGAAGAAACUAUGAAAUACUGGAGGUGUCAUACAAAACACAAACAAAGGAAAGAAAUGACUUAGCAAAAGAGCUGGCAACCAUACAACAAUCCCUCAACUUGUUGCAAAAAGAUAAAGAUUAUCUGAAUCGGCAGAACAUGGAGCUUAGCGUUCGCUGUGCACACGAAGAAGAUCGUCUUGAAAGACUGCAGAUUCAGCUAGAGGAUGCCAAAAAAGCUAGGGAAGAAAUGUAUGAAAAAUAUGUUGCAUCCAGAGACCACUAUAAAGCAGAAUAUGAAAAGAGACUACAUGAAGAGUUGGAACAAAUAAGGUUGAAAACAAAUCAAGAAAUUGAUCAACUAAGAAGCACCUCAAAAGAGAUGUAUGAACGUGAAAACAGAAAUUUGAGAGAAGCACGAGAUAAUGCUGUUGCUGAAAAAGAGAGAGCAGUAACUGCUGAAAAGGAAUCUUUAAGAAAAUACGAUCAACUCUUAGAACAGUAUAGACAAAUGCAGCUUGGCACAGAAAGCAAAGUUGCUGAACUUCUUCACCAAAGUAAGUUAAAGUCCUUUGAAACUGAACAUGUUCAACUCAUGCAACAAGAAACAGCUAAGAAUCUUUCACAGUGCCAAAUGGAAUGUGAGAAAUACCAGAGAAAGUUGGAGGUGCUUACAAAGGAGUUUUACAGUCUUCAGUCUUCUAGUGAAACCCGCAUUAUUGAGCUUCAAACACAGAAUGCUGAGUUUCAAGCAAGACUAGAUACGUACGAAAAACUUGAAAAAGAGCUUGAUGAGAUAAUACUGCAGACAGCAGAAAUGGAAGAUGAAGUUGAAGCUGAAAGGGUUCUUUUCUCAUAUGGAUAUGGUGCUAAUGUUCCUACAACAGCCAAAAGACGACUAAAGCAAAGUGUUCACUUGGCAAGAAGAUUGCUGCAGCUAGAAAAGCAAAACUCAUUGCUUGUGAAAGAUCUGGAACAUCAGAAGGAACAAGUAAUACAGAUUUCACAAGAGCUUGACAGAGCAAAUUCUUUGUUGAACCAAGCACAACAGCCAUACAAAUACCUCAUUGAAACUGUGCAACAGAGAGAUUCUCAAAUAAGUCUACAGAAAGAACAUAUUGCACAACUUGAAAAAGAUUUCAGGACUGUUCAAGUGGUGCUCAAGGUUGCCUGUGUCAGUAGCUGUCAGACUGAAUCAGAGUGGUUUGGAUUGGAAGAAACCUUUAAAGAUCAUCUAGUUCUACCUUCCUGCUAUGGUCUUUUAAAUAAAGAAAAGACAGCUUUGCUGCGUGUCAAGAAUCAAAUGGCAGCAGAUUUGGAGAGACUUCUAAAUGACCGUGAGGAAUUAGCCACAAUGAAGCAGAUUAUUUUUACUCUACGUGGUAAAGGCUGUGAACAAAAUCUGCCUCAGUCUCGUAUUGGUGUAAAAAGUGCAACUGGAAAACAAUCAAUCCCUUUGGUAAAACUGCUGCCAGAACAUGAAGAAGAAAAUAUAUUUACACCUAAGCCAACGUUAUUUACAAAUAAAGAGGUACCUGUGUGGUACAAGAAACUGAAGAAGAAAACAUCAGCAUAGCAUUUUUCAAAAAUUAUUCAAAAUAAUCCUUUGGGGAGCUUUUCUUUAAAGAAAGUUAUUUUCACCAUAGUGAUGCUCACUUUACUGUAAAAGCAAACAACUGGUUUGGUUUUAACUAUUUCUUUUUUGACUGUCAAAUACUCUUAUGCUUCAUAAAAUAAUUUCUAGAUCUCUCAUGUGAAUAAAAUGUGUGAAAAUGAUACAUGAAAUAAUUUUGCUAACAUUUAUUUGAAUUUUAUAGAUAAAUAAACACUAGUGUGUUCUACACAUUAUAAUCUGGGUAGUUAAAGGAUGUAUUAUUCAGGGUGUUCAAAUUAAUGCAUGUUUCAGCCUUUUUAUAUUGUUUUUCCUGGACCCUGUGUUUCAUGCCACAUUCCUUGCAACUAUUCUGACUAAUGGAAAUUUUCAAAAUAUACAUGCAUUAGUAUUGUAUUUUCUAUAAAUGAAAUUCAUGUCAGCUGGAAACAAAAUUUCCUACUGGCCUUAAUUUGUAGUUCAUCACUUGAUGUCAUUUGUAUAACCAAACAGGCAUUAAAAUACUUUGAAGAAGCAAUAAAAUACAUCCUAAUUAUCAGCACUGAUACUUUAUGGGCUAGACAGUAGUGCAGUUACAUCAAUGUAAUAAUAAAAAUAGAACCAUGAUGGGUGAGGACUGUAGUGUGCAGUAGGGAAAUGGAUAACUUACCAUAUUUAAUUGUAUGAAAAUAAGCUCAAAAGUCCAAGUACACAUUCUACUUGUUUAUUCCACUCCACCAUCUAUUCUAAUUAUACAAAAGUUCUCUAAUUUUUCAAAGCAUUCUUGACUGCAUAUGGUACGUUUCUAUGUAUAACGUAAAUACAGAUCUUUUAAGUACUGCAUACUGAAAAUAUUGCUCAGAUUUAAUUUAAGAGAAAGCUCCUUCUUCUUAGUGCCUUUUUCCUUGACAAUAUCUCUUAAAUUGUUAAUGUUUUCUAACCUGGACAUGAACAAUAACUAUUUACUAUAUAAUACUGAGCUAUAUCAAGUUAUGAUUCCCAGAUACACUUUUCUUCAUUUUCCAAACAGUUGAAGCACAGUAAUACUUCCUCUGCUCCAGGAAAGCGUCCGUUUCCUUUUUUUUUCAUUUUCUUGUUCUGAGAGACCAAGGUAAAAAUUGGUAAUUGCUGGUAAUAAAAAUUGCUGGUAAUUGCACAUCACAUAUUUAAAAUUACCAUUCUGUGAGUGAGGUAGGCCAAGUAUGUAGACAGAGGUGAUAAUCUUUUAUUAGACUAACUGCUGCUCUCUGGGGAAAAAAUCACACAAAUUUUGGGCUCACAAGCAUUCAGUGCAGUCAUUUCCAAAUAAAGUUUCCAGAAGUUAGGUUUUAUCUAACAUAUAUUUUUAUGUGACUAGAAUCCUUAACUUUUAUUUCCUAUAAAACAGUUCCCAUAUGCAGAUUGUAAUAGAUAUGAAUGUGAUUCAGUCCCUAAAUGAACUUCCCAUACUAUUUUGUUUAUCUGUUAUCAAUGAAUAACUAAUAAACUGUAUUAUCUAGAA